AUAUGUUCCAUCGUGUGGUGACCCAUGACCUCUUCUCUUCACCCCUCUCGUCCCCUCCCGCUCUCUCUCCCCUCAUAGAUCCCGAUCCGCCGUCGCAUCUGGCCAGAUCCAACCACCACCUCCCUCCCUCCCGGUCGUAGGUUUGCCUCGCCACGGCCUCAGCCAUGGAGAAGCCAUGCUCCCUCCUAGUCCACUUCGACAAGGGCUCCGCCAUGAUGACGAACAAGAUCAAGGCGGAUCUCGAGGGCAGCGAUGGCACCAUCAAGGCCGACAUGAUACACCGCGCCAUCUCGCUCCUCCUCAACGUUGAGACGCCCCCGCAGCUCUUCAUCACCAUCGUCCGCUAUGUGCUCCCCUCCGAUGACCACACGAACCUCCGCAACAACCUCUAGAGCCGCAACGAGUACAUCCACGGCGUCACGGUCUGCUUCCUCUUUCGCCUUGUCGAGCCCGAGGUGCUCGAGCCGCUUGUGU